AUGGAUGAAAAUAAAUUAUUAAAAACUUUUAUUUGGUUCAUCAAAGAUUUUCAACAUUUUUAUAAAAACCCAACUCAUUGUCAAACUGUUUGGAGCGGUGCUUUCUAUUCACCAUGCUCUUCCUCGUCAACAAUUAAUAAUGAAAUGAAUACUGCCACCAAUAUUAUGACGGUUUCUGGUGAUAAUACAACUGCUAAUACUACCACCAUCAUUAACCAUUCUACUAAUAAUGAUAUAAUCAGCAAUGGUUGUGCUUGGAGAUUAUGUAUGUUCCCAAAAGGUUACAAAACUGAACAAUUUUUGUCAUUAUUCCUUUACGCGUUUCCAACUGAUUAUGAAAAAAUGCAUGGAAUUCACUGUAGAGCAGUUAGAUAUGUUCUCGAAUUGUUUAAGGUUGGAAUUAAUCCCAACACAUCCAAAGUAGAAUUGAGGCCUGUAAAUGUUGGUCAAACGGUCUUUAAGAAAAGCUUCAAUCUAGAUCAUAAGGGUGAUAGUGGAGGAAAAGUUAAAUUUAGUGAUCUGACAAACCUAUUCCCCAGCAAUGACACGUCAAUUAAACUCGAUAUUAUUAUCAGGUUAAAAUUAUAUACUGAAGAUGACUUGCAAGCAAAUUAUAAUAUUAAUAAUGUUGAUAUCAUUAAGUUUCAACCUUCUUUGGAAAAUUAUUUCAACAACAAUAAUUUUAGUGAUGUGACUUUUAGUUUCAACGAUGAAUCAGAAAUUAAAGCAUCUAGAUUGGCUUUAUCUAUCCGUUCCAGUUAUUUUGAUAGAAUGUUCAAUGGUGAAUGGGCCGAAUCAAAGGCAACAAUCAUUCCCAUCAAGAACGUUACCUAUCAAUGUUUUAAAUAUCUGAUUUACUUUCUUUACUCUGGCAAAUUAAAUGAUGAUAUACCAUUCGAUGUAUUGAAAGAUUUGUUUAUUGAAGCAGAUAUUAGAGAAAUUCCGGAACUGGGUGAAUUGGUUGCUUCAAAAAUCAUUGAUCAGGUUAGUGAUGAUAAUUGGAGUGAGAUAUUAUUUAUUGGUUGGAAGACAAAAAAUUAUUCUUUGAAAAAUGCUGCGCUCAGUUAUAUUCGUGUUAAUUGGGAAAAAAUUAAGCGAGGUAGAAAGAUCAAUGAAGUGAUAGCACAUGGUGAUAUGGAGUUAAUCGAUGAAUUAAUGUAUACCAUUUGUUUUGGUGUAAUCCUUGCGUUUUAA